GAAUUUGAUCAUCAAAGUAUUCGUUUUCUCUUUAGAUGGUGUUCCCUGCAAAACCGGGUAGUCAGAAGAGACCGCACGAGGAAUUCGAGCAACAUAAAGAAGUGGCCAGCAAUGGAAAUGGGAAAGCAAGUGAGCCCGCAUCCAAGCGAAAGCGUAUCUUUAACUUUGACGCUCAUCCGAGGAGAAAAAUUGCGCUACAGUUCCUUUAUCAUGGCUGGGAUUUCGAAGGAUUAGUACAGCAAUCGACAACUGAAAAUACUGUUGAAAGGCAUUUGAUGGAUGCUCUGAUGAAAACUAAAUUGAUUUCUGAUGUGAAAGAUUGCGAUUUUUCGCGUUGUGGGCGAACUGAUAGAGGAGUUUCCGCAUUCAAACAAGUUGCUGCGCUUGUGGUGAGAUCAGCGGACCCAUCUGGUAAAUUCGUCUUUUGGCCAGAGUCGACGGAUCAGACUGUGAUUGAUAGCUAUCCGAAGAAAGAAGAGCUUUCAUAUUUAAAGAUGCUGAAUGGAGUGCUGCCCAAAAAUAUCAGCAUUAUCGCGUGGGCACCGGUACCUCGGGACUUCUCGGCUAGACAUGCCUGCAACAUGCGAAUAUACAAAUACAGCAUGCCCAGAGCCAAUCUGAAUGUGGAGCGCAUGCGUCGUGCUGGUGCUCUGCUUGUGGGUAUUCACGAUUUCAGAAAUUUUUGCCAGGUUGAUAUGAAUGAAAAACGCUUGAAUAUGUCUUUCGUACGUGAGAUUUUCGAAGUAACGCUUGAAGCGCUUCCGGCGAGAUCACUGAACUGCACUUCAUCCAAAGACUUGUUAGAGUUGACCAUCAAAGGAAGCGGAUUUUUAUGGCAUAUGAUUAGAUACAUAGUCACUGUGCUCCAUGAAAUCGGUCAAGGUAAUGAGGAACCAGAGCUAGUCACUGAUCUUUUGGACGUUGAGAAAAAUCCCUCUCGGCCUCAUUACACACUUUCUGUGGCCACUCCUUUAUGUCUUCAUGAUUGCAGGUUUGAUUCAUCGAAUCUAGAAUGGGUGUAUGACGAAUACGCUUUGAAAAAGACCAUGACGACUUUGCAGUGUGACUGGGCGGAUUUACAAACAAGAGCACGUAUCGUCGAGAAUAUGCUGAAUGGUCUAGCCGAUACGCCUGUUGGGUCUCAGGUCGACUUGGACAAGGGCCUCCUGGAGUUCACACAAGAUCGUCCAAUUCCUGCACGAUACAUCAAAUUCUCGGAGAGGAAAACAUGCGAUAGUCUCGAACAGAAGCGUGAGAAAUUGGAAAAAAAGAAGCUAGAAAACAAUCAUGCGUAGUUCUUCACAUUCACCUUCUUUCUUUUCUCUUGAGUUAUGAUUUAUAGCGAUGUUGAUUUUGUCUUUGUUACCUUGUUAUUUCAUUGAUUUUCUUUUUUUUUCUUUCCAUAAUAUAUAUGCAUA